AGCACUAUGAAAAUUUUAUCUAAAAAGCUAGCACCAGCCGAAAACACCGUUUUCCAAACAAGGCCAUCCUUUAAAUUACUCCAUUUAACACUUUUUUAAAAAUUUGUUUGUAAGGACCACGUGAUAAUUAACUUGUCCGGGUCGGGGAUAUGGGUCUAAACCCAAGAAGCAACGGGAAUAAGGAUUGAGGGCAAAUACUCCUUCACUCUUCUUCAAAAACAAAAACAAGGAGGGAAAUUUUUGAGGGAAGAAUGUGAAUUGAUACAAGUACCUAAGCACGCUUAAUCUGUUCAGUCUAUACUCCACACGGAAAUGGCUCCUUCUACACCUCCUGAUGGCUUUCGCUGCACUUCUGGCUAUUUGAGAAAGAAUUUCGAGGUCCAAGAGAAAUUAGGGGCAGGUGGUUUUGCACAUGUUUACAAGUGCAAAAACCUAGUAGACGAUGGUACUUAUGCUCUUAAAGUAGUGCCUUUUAGGGCAGAGAGUUAUGAAGAUACACGCCGCGAAGCAAUUAUCAAUGCUCGUCUUCAAGGCCCACAUAUCACGCGAUACUAUCAAGCUUGGAUUGAGGACGGUGCCUCCUGGCCCGGAAAGUUAUGUUGGUCAUCUGAUAGCGACACAGCUUCUGACACUGAGACGAGUACACCGGAGUACAUCUUUUACGUACUCACGGAGCUGUGUCUUGGGGAUUUGAACAGUUUUUUGGCCGAAAACUCCCUAGACCAGGCAGAGAAGUUUCGGAUAUUUGGAGAAAUUGUUAGUGGUGUGUCCCACAUUCAUGACAAAGAUAUUGUCCAUCGAGAUCUCUCCACUCAGAAUAUAUUUUUUGAUGGAUACAGAAAAAUGAAAAUUGGCGAUUUUGGUUUAGCUGGAGUUUUGAAUGCAGAAGGUGUCUUUGAAACGUCUGCGUCAUUGGGCAAUUUGAUAUACAUGGCACCAGAGAUAAAAAAGGACAGCAUUGCAUUAAAAAAGUCGAACAUUUACAGUUUGGGGAUCAUCUGUUUUGAGAUUUUUUCUGAUUUUGAAUCUAUAUCUGAAAGGUAUAGAGAAAUACAGAACCUAAAAAUGAACACAAAGGAUGCAACGGGCUGGUUAAAAAGUCUCUGGUCAUCAUUGAUGUCAAUGCUGGACGAGAACCCUUCGGAACGUCCCAGUGCAGAAAGGAUUCUUGCUCUAUUGCAAGCAAAGGGAGAUUAUUAGGCUUGCAUCAGGAUGGACAUUUGGAGGCUGCUCAUACUAUCAAAGGAGUAUGAUUCACUAUGACUUUUUUAUCCGUGCUAAACAAAUGUUCAAGCCACAA